CCCAACAGGCGGUGGAUAGGAAUGUCUAACUUCAGUGUGAAGAGGGUCCGGAGCCAAAGGGGUUAAAACAAGCGACUCCCUCACUUCCCGCCUCCCUCAAACGCACGCCCCACCAGCCAUGGGCAGCCGCGAUCACCUGUUCAAAGUGCUGGUGGUGGGGGACGCCGCAGUGGGCAAGACGUCGCUUGUUCAGCGAUAUUCCCAGGACAGCUUCAGCAAACACUACAAGUCCACGGUAGGAGUGGAUUUUGCUCUGAAGGUUCUCCAGUGGUCUGACUCAGAAGUGGUACGGCUCCAGCUAUGGGAUAUUGCAGGGCAGGAGCGCUUCACCUCUAUGACACGACUGUACUAUCGGGAUGCCUCUGCCUGCGUUAUUAUGUUUGACGUUACGAAUCCCACUACAUUCAGCAACAGCCAGAGGUGGAAACAAGACCUGGACAGCAAGCUCACACUGCCCAGUGGAGAGCCUGUGCCCUGCCUGCUCUUGGCCAACAAGUGUGAUCUGUCCCCUUGGGCAGUGAGUCGGGACCAGAUUGACCGGUUCAGUAAGGAGAACGGUUUCACAGGUUGGACAGAAACAUCAGUCAAGGAGAACAAAAAUAUUAAUGAGGCCAUGAGAGUCCUCAUUGAAAAGAUGAUGAAUUCCAGAGAAGAUGCCAUGUCUUUGUCCACUGAAGGGAACUACAUCGAUCUACAGACCAAGUCUUCCUCCAGCUGGGCCUGCUGCUAGUAGUGUUUGGCUUGUUUUCGAUCCAGUUCUAGGAGGUUUUGUCAUCUCUUCCCUUUGGUUGCCCACCCGGAAAUUUUACUGAGUGCAUUUGAAUUGUCUCCUGCCGACUGUCCCAUAAGGAGGUCCAUUGCAACUUAGAAAAGACACCUGGGACUCAAGUGCAUCUCCUGGAUGUCAGCUCUGACUUGCUGUCGGCUCAUGUGGCCCACUUAGUGCCUUCUGUAUAAGAAAGAUCAUCUCAUCUCUCAAUUUGUGAUCUGGAAUUUUGUGAGAAGGAUUAGAAAUAAGCAUCUGUGUUUUAAAUAUCAUAAUUUUCACCUACUUGUGAGCUAAUUUUUGUCAUUUGCUGUACAUUGAUAUAACUUCAGAUUGAGAGGAAAAUGAGAUCAAAUGUCAUUUCCCAAAUUUCUUGUAGGUCAUUGCUUUCAGAUUCUUUCUGUCUUGGACUUGGAGUUUAAACAUCUGAUUCUGGGAUGCAGAAGGAGGGGCUCUGGACAUCUAUGGGCUUGGGGCUACUGGAGGUAACCCAGAAGUCACUGUAAAUUUGAAACUUCUAAAGUCACAAUUAACUUUCUCUUGGCUUCAAAAAUAGUCAAGCUUUUAAACUACGUAUCUUUAGGCCGGCCCGUGGCUCACUCUGU